AUGCACCGUGCGCGGACUCAGAUUCAGAACCAGAAUACCCACCACAACAGCGGCUCAACGGGCGCUAAUGCCAUGUCCUUGCACGACAACGCAAACAACAACAGCAGCAACACAAAGUCUUCCUCCUUCGCUGCCUUCAUCCCCCCACCCGUCAAGCGCCUCUCCAUCCCCGCCGCCGCUGCUGCCGCUGUCUUUGCGCGCCCAAAACACACCUCCGUAUCUGUCUGCAGGAGGGCAACCGCUCCGUCGUCCAGGACAACACACGGCAACUCUACCUCCGGCCGUUCCUCCAGCCCAAAGCCCCAGCCCUCCACCUCCGCUUCCUCUUGCGCCCCGGGCCCUUCCGCCUCAAAUCUCUCAUCUCGCUUUCCAUACCUCCACCGUCUAGAGAUAUCGGAUGACAUGUGCCCAUUUACCCAGCAACGUCCCCUCCUCGUACUCAAAGUCUCACAAGAAUCCUUCCUCGACUCUAUCGCUGUCGACCUGGUAGCAGAAAAACCGCUCUAUUCAGUCGAGACCGUGUCAUCAUCCACCACCGUCUGGAGAUCCGACCCAUGGGAUGGUUUCUCCAAGACCGCAGAGAUUGGUUGGCCCAGGGAACCGGCGUUCAAAGGAAAGGGCAAGGGACAGGACACCACCCAAGGCACCUUCGUCCAAAUGAGCGGCUGUCGAGUCAAGCCCAUCGACAGCUUCCUCAAAGCUGGAGGCAUAGGAAGUUCCCGAAAGUUCCGUGUACCCAGCUACCCCAACUCCCUCAAGUGGAAACGGAAUGGGUCAUCAUAUCAGUGCACCGCCGGUCACUCCAAGUCAUCCAUAGCCAGCCUAGAGCAAUCCGAUGAAGAUUCCACCUACCGCCUUAAGGUAUACGAGAAUUUGCCUGGUCGAAACGAAUCUAUACCUCAGCUCGAACAUGCUGGCGUCUCCCUUUCCCUACUCGACCACCUGUUCAUCACAGCCCUGCUCCUCGUAACAGAGCCUGACGACUGGUUAACUAUCGCUCACCACCCAUCUUCCACCGACCUCUCGUCCUCCGAAGGAAUGACCGCACCCAGGCCCACUUCUGUCAAGUCUCCAGCUACCGCGCGGCAAUGGCGUAAAAUCAUGUACGGCGAGCCUCUCUUCCCAUCUAUCAAGUCGCCGGGUGUUGCACCUUCUACGUCCGCAAGUUCACGCGGAGAUGAACCGGAUGUACUUGAUUUGUCAGAACCUAAGCUGUCGACUUCUGUACAACAAUGGAGGAAGAUAGUAUAUGGCGAACCAUUGUUCCCGUCUCUGCAGCCCCAAAACCCGUGCAAACUCGAUAUCCCGCUUCGCCCAAACACAGCCUGGGACACGUCGAGUAUAUCAUCCGAGUCUGUUCAUUGUCCUCCCACCCCGUCAUCCGCCCCUUCCACCGGAUUUUUCGACACAAGUAUCUUCGAUGAUAUUAAUCCGCGUGAUCGCACUACGCGAUCACACUCACAAGGCCGUAAUGACAGGUCGCCUUUGUCACGCUCACCUAUGCCUAUCUCUCCGCUUCCUCCCUCUGCUCCCUCAGAGCCAGCUCCUAAUUCUGCAAAUCAAAUGUGGUCUCCGCGGUCAAAUGGACGCAGGGAGCUACCUACGCCACCGUCCGCGGCUAUACAUCCUUCAAAGCAGCCUUGGCUUCACCAGAGCCCCUCGUCGCCCUCCGGUUCGCCAUCGCGCGAGGGACGCUGGACGACGACUGAGGAUGGCGUACUUAUUCCACCAGUACCACCCCUGCCGCACGACGUCGCCGACGAACCACGGCCCUCAUUCCGUGGCCGCGCCUUAUCCUCAGGCUCCACACGGCGGCGUCAGCUUCCGCAGGUACCUUCCCUGCCCGAAACGCCCACCCACCCGCACGCGCCGCCGAUGAGCGCGUACCCAUCCAGCAGCGGCGCGCCCAUCUCGCGCCCGUUCACCGCUCACCCGGACCACAAGCGCCAGUCGGUCUCGCAGCGGCAUCUUCCCGCACCACCGGUUUCUGCAUCGGCGAGCCGAGCGGCGUCCCAGGAGCGCAGGCACGGCGCAUCACGCUCGACGGACGAGGGCCCGGCACACAUUCCGGCGCAGCCUCAGCGCCCGAGAACGGCGCAUGCGGACUCAUCUGGAUCUGGCGCUGGUGCGGGUGCACGCAGGCCGAGGGAGAAGGACGCGGAGGAGAUGCUCGGAUGGAUGCGCGCGACAGCGCGGGCGCACCAUCGGCGUACGAUGGAUCCUCACGGUGGCACGGAGGCUGGCCCUGCCCUUGUCCCUGCUGGGCACGGGCAUACGGGGUCGCCCGUGGAUACCGAGGCGGGGAGGGGGCUCGAAGAGGAAGAGUUCGGGGAAGCGGGUGGGCCGACGGCGGACGAGCGCGCGUUCGUGAUGGAGGAGACGGAUUAUGAUGCACCGCCGCCUGCGUACAACGCGAUCGACUUCUCGCGGCCGCCGACGGCGCAGGCGCCAUUCGUCAUGGGACAUGUCUCAUAA